CAAAUAUCCUUUCACUGACUCUCACAUCAAGCAAGCAAAUAUCCUUUCUCAGUUGUGUCGGUUUUGCUGCGAUUUUCCGCCGUUCCGGUUUAAAAUCUGCCCUAAUCUCGUGACUCCCCACGUAAUCCUUCUGGGGUUUUAGCUUUUCGUGGGGGCAAUGGUGCUAGGGUUUUAGGUCUCCCCUGUUUCUACACUCUUCUACCCAUUUGAACUGCCUCCUUCUCCACCUUCACCUCCUUAUCCUCAUCUUCCUCUCUCUGUGCCUUAUCAGAAGACAUGGAUAGAUAUCAGAGAGUCGAGAAGCCGAGGCCCGAGGCGACGAUAAACGAGAACGAGAUCCGAAUCACCACACAGGGCCUCAUAAGGAACUAUAUCACCUAUGCAACUAGUCUGCUUCAGGAGAAGAGGGUGAGAGAGAUUGUCUUGAAGGCAAUGGGACAGGCAAUCAGCAAGACAGUGGCCAUUGCUGAAAUUAUAAAGAAGAGAAUCCCUGGCUUGCAUCAAGACACUACCAUCAGCUCAACAAGUAUAACUGAUGUAUGGGAGCCCAUUGAGGAGGGUCUUGUACCCUUGGAGAUGACUCGUCAUGUUUCAAUGAUUUCAAUCUCUUUGUCAACGAGGGAGCUAAACAAAAACUCUCCUGGGUAUCAAGCUCCAUCAUACGUAGAUCAGCCAAAGCAGCAGUAUCAGCAGCAGCUGCAACCAAAACAAGCUCCUGCUCCAAUCAGUGGCGCAAAUGAAGGUCAUAUUUCUGCUAUGGAUUCAUAUGGACGGGGACGAGGUCGUGGUAGAGGGAGAGGAAGGGGUUGGGGGAGAGGUGGAUAUGUGAACAAUACCCAAGGGGGUGGAUAUGUGAACAACAACCAAGGAGGUGGAUAUGUGAACAACACCCAAGAAAAUGGUGGCUAUUGGGGUCGAGGUGGCGGACGAGGCAGAGGUUGGGGUUAUCGUGGUGCUGGAUACGAAAGAGGCAGAGGUGGAGGCAGGGGUUAUGGUCGUGCCCGGGGACGUAUGGGUGGCCGUUGGAGGGGUGGUGGCAAUCAGCUCUAGGUGUUGGGUUGGCAUGUUUUGUUUUACUCUAGCUAAGUACUUGCCUUGGCGUAAUAGGGAAACGUAUUGGAGGACUGUAUUUCCAGCAUCAAACUGUGGCUUAUUCUCAAAAGGGUUAUUGGGAGCAGUGUUUUGUUCAUUUUCUCUAUGGUAUGGAUGUGGGCUGGCUUGCUUUAUGUUUGUUGAUUUUCUUUAGCCAAGGGCAGGUGAUCACUCAAUUGCUGUAAUUCAUUUCUCACCACCUCUGGAUCCUCUUUUGUAUCUAUAUCCCAUUUUUCUUGGUGUA